AUGAACGACGUACUCAGCGUUGGUAGUGAACCAGUCUUCGACGAUCGUAUCGUCAUCAUCGAGACUCACACGUACAAUCCGUAUGCCAAUACAUCGUUUGGUCACAGCGACGAGAUACGCAUACCCAUUCAACAACAGGAUGUUUACACUCUGCCGUACGACAGUUACUUAUACAUCGAGGGAAAGUUUAGUCUGCAAACCACUGCCGGAGCAGCGGAAGGAAGCGGCGCGGUUGCCGCCGCCGUCGCGUUGACGAACAAUUGCGUGGCGUUUAUGUUUGAUAAGAUCAGAUACAAGCUCAGUGGUGUGGAAAUCGAUCGAAAUCGCAACCCCGGUGUGACGAGCACGUUAAAGAAUUACGUGUCUCUGACCACUGAAACGGGAAACGCUCUGCGACACGCCGGAUGGAACCUGUCUACCACUAAAGGUGUUGGCGAAUUCAAUUUUUGCGUACCUCUCCGCACAUUGCUGGGAUUUUGCGAGGACUACAAACGCGUGUUGAUCAACGCGCGACACGAAUUAAUUUUGAUACGAUCGCGCAACGACAACAACAGCAUCUUUGCUUCGGCUAACAGCGGAUCAACGGUAGAAUUGCACAAGGUGCCGUGCAGUGUGUCCAGUUUUGACUCUCUUAUAGCACGUUGCAGCAAGUAG